CUAUAGCAGUUAUGUUUUAAACAUGGCCAGCUAUGUUUUGAACCCAAAAACAUUGUCUUCUUUUCUUUCUUUCCUUCUUUCUUGUCCUCUUCUCUUCUCUUCCCUGACACAUAAUAAUAGUUAUUACAGGUGCAUGAAAUUGGUGUAGGCGUCACAAAUGAGUGAAAAAACUCUCGUUCCAAUAUUCUUCUUCUGGGCGUUGCUUACAAUCAUCACACCCACUCUUAUACUCUUAUCAGAAAAUUCAAAGGCUGACCUCGAUGUAAAUGGCAACUUUGCAGGGAGUGUGACAGUUACAGAGGGAAUGAAGGCGAGAAGAAUGAUUGGUUACACACACAAUUACAUGAUAACAACAGCACCAUUGCCAACCAAGUCGGAUGUAGCUGAAGGGGAACUGGCCUCAUCACCGGCACCAGCGCCGGCACCAGUUAUGGAUCAUUCACAUCAUAAUCAUACAAGUAACAACACCAAUGAUGGCCUUACUCUCUCCUCCAACAGUACACACAUCCAAGUCAAUACAAAAGAUAGCAUAUAAACAUCAAGUACUUUGCUAUCAUAUAUUUAUAUUACUUUGAGAAAACAAGAUUACUUCAUUUAUUUGUACAUAUAUAUGAUUUGAUAUAAAUUUGGUGGCUGGAGUGAGUUGUUUACCAAAUGUAGUUCUUCUAUUGUUGGAAUAAUUGAAAGAAUCAAACAAGAAAUGCUGUUGAAAUU